AUGGCUCCGGGAUCUGUUUACUAUCUUGCUGGUAACGGCAGCACAGACUGCUCCAAGGAGCUCUGGACCCCAUGGGUCAAUGAAGGGGAAGACCUUGCUGGUAAGGUUUGGGCGUAUCGGGAGGCAAUUUGCCGCAAGGCCAAAAAACUAGAGCCGCUCUCUGGGUCCGUGGAGAAACUGGCCAUAAACCACGUCUAUCUAUUCGACCCGAAGGACACGUCAAGUAGCCUUUAUGACGCCAUUGGGGCCAUACACUGGGCCGCCAUCACGUCUAUGUCAUUGAAAAAGCUCCUACCAAAGGACGUAAUCGCAGGCCUGGCAUCCUAUGCCAUUGAUUUGAGUCAAAUGCGCCACUCUGAUGCUCAGGACAGCGUUUUGAACUGGGUGGGGAAUCGGGAUGUCAAAAAGGUCUUGAACCACCUCUUGGCAGAUGAUUUUCUUUGGAAGAGCGCCGACUUUAAUGAGCUUGGGAUGGUGCAACAUGUGUUCGAUCCGUUCCUCAAAACGUUCACCAACAUCCAGGGCGGUGUUGGACGAUGGGACAAGAUGUUCCUGCCGUCACAGGAGAGGAAGAAGGACGCCCUCGCGGAGGGUAGGGGAAGACGACCUGAUUUCUUCCUGCAAUGCGAUUUUCCGGGCCUGAAAUGCUUUGUAUUUGUCAUGGAAGCCAAGAAGACUGGCCAGAAGAUGGUCCUCCAGAAUGAUCUGGAGAAGGUGGCGCUCCUCCCCAAGGACGCCAUCGAUCACAUGGCCCAGCAGCGAGUUGACGUUGCCAAGUUGAAAGUGCUUGGGACGGUGGUGAUCGGGAUGGAGGGAGUACUCUACUCCAUGCAACUGGUGGCCAGAGGUAUAUAUCUGAUGAAAAACUAUGCCGUGGUAUAUACCCCGCGGUCCCAGUUCGACCUCUGUGUGGUAGCAGGAGCCAUCAAUACGUUCCUGAACCUACGGGAGGAGCUGGUCACAACAAUGGAGGUCUGUCGGGCGUCACGUCUGCACAAGCCCACCGACCUGAUGCGGCCGAGCUUCGGAACCCCCAUCAAAGUGAACCCGACAGGCAUCAAGAAGGGCUUUCCCGGCUCUCCUAGCCUUCGAUAA